AUGAACAGCGAUCAUUUUGAGAAGCAUCACUCAAACAAACACAAGGGUCUCGGCACCUCAAAAGUUGUGGUUAAACUGGCUCAAACAACGCUUCAAUUUUGCAACAAUAUAUAUGGCAAGGUAAGAAUAAAUUCCCUGAUGGCUGAUGCCGCUAUGGUUUUAACGGGAACUACCUUAAACUUUGCACUAACUUAAAGUUCUUCUUCACCGAUUGAAUUUGAUGCCAUCGUUAUAUUACAAUCUGUUGUUAAUUUCAGAAAGAGUUACUUCCAGUUCCAGUAGCUACAUUUACCGACAACACUAAUCGUCAGUCCGAAGAGUCAUUCAGUGAUACAGUUUUAGAACACCAGGAGGAUGUAUUUCAAGAGGUAAAUGAAGUUUAAACAAGAAUUAGGAAAUUUUCUUCCGAAUUUAUAAGAAUAUAACUAAAUUUUGUCAUUAUAAAUUUGAAUAUCGUCAUUAUACACAGGAAGUUCAAAUUGAACAUGUUGAUGAAGAUGAAGUAUUGAUGCACGGAGAAUCAGUCCUUGAAUUUUAUCAUCAUGAAACGGCAGUUCAUAACAUAUAUAAUGACGAAAGAGGUGAUGAGUAUAAUACAACGGUGUCUUAUGACGAUGUGAACCAGGCACAGGCAGUAUCAACGUACAAUAUUGUCAAUUUCAGAAUCAGAGGAAGAAGAGGUGAUUGUAAUUCUAAUCGCAAUAGACGUUACACUUACAUGGAGUGCUAGUUUCAUGGAACAUUUUCAAAUGUUGUUUUUAAUAUUUUUAAAACUUUACCGCAUAAAGAAGUACGGGAAAUAUCUAGUAUAAUUCCAAGUUAUUUCCAACCUGCUUAGAAACUCGCAAAAAAGUUAUCUAUAUUUUUUCUUACAAUCAUCUUACAUGCUAUAUGUAUAGCUCACUCUUUUAAUUAAUCCUCAUUGCCGCCUUACUACAUUUAUCUUUUACUGACAACAGAUUGACACUGACAGUGAAACAAUUAACACGAAUUAUGGUAGAGCACGCGAUGAUCCUGACAUACAAGUCUCAGACGAUCCAGAGAUUCCUUGGAUAGUCCAUGCAGCAGAAAUUAAGCGAUUAGAAAAUUACUCUCACCAGUGCGAUAGUAUUAUAACAAAAGCUUUAUCAUCUGAGGUUAUUUACCCUGAAGAACUGUUGACGGAUGUACUUGAGGCAAUUUCAAAAGGAAGAGAACAUUCAACAAAUAUGGAGAAAAACUGUGCAACUACGCUUCACGAAAUUCGUGAAAGUAACCUAGAAAUUGAUUUUACCUCUCUUCAAUAUCCUGCUGACCGCUCUCGGACACUCAGCGACCAACAGAAACAAAAGAUCAUCGAGAAUGGCCCCUACCAGCCAAAGUUGAAGCGUUAUCCAGAAAGCCAAGACGUCUCAACAAAAAAAGAGUGUAGAUUUUCAAGCGGGUGGUAUAAGGAAUAUCCACAUCCAGAGUAUAGCGUGAAAGAAGACACAGCCUCGUGUUUUGUUUGCUGUCUAUUUCCGACUGGAGUUGGCAGAGAGAGAUCUUCUGAUGCUUGUGUUAAAGGAGUUAAAGGAUAGGACAAAAUGAAAAGCGUCGGCAAGGAAAAGAAAGGGAAAAUAGCACAGCACUUCUC